AUGUACCGCAACAUCAGCUCCCGGUGCUUGCCCGCCUGUGAUGUGACAUGCUCACAGCCAUGUGCCUACAGCAGAAGCCUUGAGCCCUGCGUGGCAUCGUGUGGGGACUCCAGAGCCGUGGUGUAUGCCCCGCCGGUCGUCCUCACCUUCCCGGGCCCGAUUCUCAGCAGCUGCCCUCAGGAAAGCAUUGUGGGAACAUCGUUUCCCCAGCCUUAUGGUGCUUUCAUCCCAUACAGCUCUGAUGAGUCUUAUGGGAUGGGUGGCUCCUCUGGUUCUGGGGGCAUGUCAGGGAUAGGGGGUUCCUUUGGAUCUGGGGGAUCCUUUGGACCGUUUUGGUCCUAUCCUUUCCACUAG